AUGCACUUCCUAGAAGUUUUCUUCCCAGCACCGAGAGAAAGAACAGUUCAGGGAGACAGCAACAAGGUUUUGCGGAGUUCUUUGAUUAACCUAACAGUUCAGUUUUUAGCUGUCGACUCGGGCCAAGACGUAUUACGGUCGUUAGGGCGAGCCCUUGCCGUCAUUGAGGCGUACCGCACGAGAAGCGAAAUGCAUCCUGAUAGUCACGGAGAUCUCAGCUCCAUAGCUGACCGCUUACGAUUACUCGAAACUGAUGUGGCACGACUUGUCGCAGAUGGUGUUUUAGAAGAGUUUAAGGACGAUUUUGGCAGUGCCGUUUAUCAAUCGGCUGGCUGGACAACAAUUCACAGUGCUCCUCGUGCUGGAACAUUAUCAGUACUUUCGGAUGAUUCCUUUAUGUCGGCUUAUGAAGAGUUUUCGGUGACGCUUGAUGAUGAUCUUCUUCGCGAUUUCGUUGCAGUACCUGAAGAUCAACUUAUUUUUUACAAAGAUGGACUGCGAGCAGCUACCAAUGGAGAAGUGGACUACAGAAAAAUGAGAGGUGACUUAUGUCAGUGCGAAAGUGAGCUCGAUUUUGCUGCUAAACUUUGGUGCCUUCGACAAGCCUUCGCUACCUGUCUCAGUGAUGAACAUAGGAGGAUGUGGCUAGCGAAAGCCGGACGGACUCUUCUGGGAGACAUUCUUAAGCACUCCAAACAGGAUCCGUCUCAAUUUUACAUGGCCUUUGAUUCAUUGAUCGAUUUUUUUCGGAGCAGAGCAAAUGUCUGUCAAAUGGAGGAGGAAUUAGCCGGCCGAGGGGUUAGUACCUUUAUUUUGAGCACUUGCAAAAACUAG